AUGCUAUUUUCAUCCCUCCUGGCCAUCCCGGCCCUGCUGGCCACUGCCGCCGUCGCAGCUCCGGCCUUUGAGAUCCCCGAGGCGUUGGCCCCGCGCGUCGAGGCCUGCCCAACCGUCACCCGCUACAAGGGUUGGGAUUACUCCACGACUUGGCUGGCGACGACUACCGUGACCAACGGCUGGUCGUCGCUGGGGUCUGUCACGUCGACCAAGACGGAGCACGAGACCCGCACGAUCAACACGCGGACGACAGUCUACUCGCCGCUGGUUACCACACUUCCGGCCACGACCACCACGGUCCUCGUCACCUCCGGAACCCUGACCAUCAACUGGUUCACCGAGACCACCACCGUCACCUCCGCCGGCUAUGCUCCGCCGUCGGCCUGCCAAGUGACCACCGUCACCAGCAGCAUCCCCACCGUGACCAGCACCACCGUCACCAUGGAUCUCCUGUACGACACCACCUGGGCCAGCACGGUCGGGCACGUCACCACCACCACGUUCGUCACCCUCAAGACCGUCAGCCACACCGACACGGCGGCCGGGUCGACCGCGUACUCCACGACAAUCACCCAGCCCGUCACCGUUAGCUCGGUGUGGAUUACCACGGCCACUGAGACCUCUACGGUGUGGGAGAAGGGGUGCAAGAGCUGGGCUUGCCAGGCAUAG